AUGACCAUCGGCAUCAUCAGCAUCGCCAUUGGCAUCAUCAGCAUCGCCAUUGGCAUCAGCACCAUCAGCAGCAGCAGCACCAUCAGCAUCAUCAGCAUCAUCAUCACACCAUCGGCAUCAUCAUCAUCACCAUCGGCAUCACCAUCAGCAUCAUCACCAUCAGCACCAUCAUUAUCAUCAGCACCAUCAGCAUCAUCAGCGUCAUCACCAUCGGCAUCAGCAUCAUCAUCAGCAUCAUCAGCAUCAUCAUCAGCAUCAUCAGCACCAUCAUCAUCAUCAGCACCAUCACCAUCAGCAUCACCAUCACCAUUGGCAUCAUCAGCAUCAUCGCCACCACCAUCGGCAUCAUCAUCAUCAUCAUCGGCACCAUCGCCAUCACCAGCGCCCGUCACAACAACCCCCAGCACCAUGAUCACUAUGACACCCACCACCACCAUCAGCACCGCAACCCCCAGCACCGCGACAACACCCAGCACCAUGAUCACUAUCACACCCACCACCACAACCACCAUCACAACCACCACCGUCACCACAACAACCCCCAGCACCAUGGUCACUAUCACACCCACCACUAUCACCACCAUCAGCACCACAACCACCACCACAACAACCGCCAGCACUGUGGUCGUUAUCAUCCACCACCAUCACCACCAUCACCAUGACAACAACCCCCAGCACCAUGGUCACUAUCACACCCAUCACCAGCACCACCACCAGCACCACAACAACCGGCAGUACAACCAUCAUCUGACUGUCACCACCAGCGCCAUGAUCGUUAUCACACCCACCACCACAAUCGCCACCCCCAGCACCAUGAUCACCGUCACACCCAUUAUCACAACCACCGUCACCGUCACCCCGUCCCCGCGUGUCACCUGUGCGGGCAGCCCCGCGCGGGGGGGGCUCCCCAGGAUCCCCGCCGGGUUCUGCUGA